UGUUUGCACGUGUAUUCGCGUAACGCGUACCUCGCGAAGUGUUCGACAAAAAGCUGUGCAGUGAUAUGAUUUUGUGUUUGAUCUGGAUUCGUUAUUUGUGACAUUGACGACGGAGUGUGGAGGCCAAUUCCGUGCUGUGAUGCGCCGCGCGCGCCUCCACUCGACUUAUGCAUGCCGCCCGCGCAUCCGGUGUGGUUGUGAUGUCAUGGUGGUGGACAGUGGCGCUUUUCGCGGUGUUGCCGGUCCGCGCCGCGCCCAGAGCGGCAUCCGGUGAGCUAUUUUACAGUUAUCAAAUGACACGCAAGUCAUGCACGGCUGGCGGGGCGCGAGGUGCUUGCAUGUGGGUGCAGGAGUGCAAUCGAGUUGGGGGGAGACAUGCAGGUGUAUGUGUGGACGGAUUUAUGUUCGGAUCCUGCUGCAGGCUACCCGACAAACCUAUUAUUAUAGAAGAAACCCAAAGCCCAGUCACAAUAACGGAACGGCCGUAUACAGCGCCACCUACCGAUACAACGCCGACGACACCAAGACCUACAACACAAACACAGCGCCCUUCAUUCAUGACCAAACCUAUAGAUGGCGCGCCACACAGCUAUAGACCUCCAGAAAUUAAUUUGCCAGUCGGCAAUCUAGAAUCAAUUAGCGAACAAAAUAGUGAUAUAGUUAAUAAAAUAACAUAUAACAGUGUAAAUAAGUACCAAAAUGUAAAUAGGCCGAACAAUGAUGUGGAAGCUAGUCCCCACAAUAAAAUAUCUUCUAGUCUUAGUUUAAUACCUGGAGCUCGACCGAUGGCGGUAUCUGAUCAAAAUCUAGACAACAGUAUUCCUGCAGUCCACAUGUCCAGACCGAACAACGUAAACACAAUGCAUUGGCAAGCGACCACUGAGUCCAGCUUCAUAACGAAACCACGACCUAACUGGGAGAAACCGGGAAAACCGAAGCCGACCAAGAAAUUCACAACCACAACGAGUAAACCUCAAAAGAACUACCAGAAACCGAAAGAUCCAAUGCUUAAUAUGAUCAAUAAAACUGAAGAUUCCACAGCACCUUCUAUACAGACUACUGCUGCUACGACAAGUGUUGAAUGUGGCGUAACAUCCAUGUGGCCUCGCCCAGACUCUCGUAUUAUGGGUGGAAAAGACUCUACCUUUGGACGCUGGCCGUGGCAAGUUUCAGUAAGACGGAACUCGUUUUUCGGCUUCUCUUCAACUCAUCGAUGUGGUGGUGCCAUCAUCAACGAAGGAUGGAUUGCAACAGCAGGACACUGCGUUGACGACCUCCUUACAUCAGCAAUUCGAAUCCGCGUGGGAGAGUUCGACUUUUCGUCCGUUUCGGAACAAUAUCCUUACGCAGAGAGGGGCGUGUCACGAAAAGCAGUUCAUCCCAAAUACAAUUUCUUCACUUAUGAGUACGAUUUGGCUCUGGUGAAGCUGGAUGCACCUGUGCAGUUUGCACCUCACAUUUCGCCCAUAUGUUUGCCGGCGUCUGAUGAUUUGCUGGUGGGAGAAACUGCUACUGUCACCGGAUGGGGGAGAUUAUCUGAAGGUGGGGUGCUACCAUCUGUACUACAAGAGGUCCAAGUACCAAUAGUAUCGAACGAGCGUUGCAAGUCAAUGUUCCUGCGCGCGGGCAGGCAUGAGUUCAUUCCUGAUAUAUUCCUCUGUGCCGGCCACGAGACAGGGGGACAUGAUUCCUGCCAGGGAGAUUCUGGAGGACCCCUCCAGGUGAAAGGGAAGGACCAUAGAUACUUCUUAGCCGGUAUCAUCAGUUGGGGAAUUGGUUGUGGGGAAGCGAAUCUUCCAGGCGUUUGCACAAGGAUAUCCAAGUUCGUACCGUGGAUACUGCAAACGGUUAACUCGUAAGACACUAUUUGGGACUUAAAUAUUAUACAUUAAGAGGAACCUAUUCUUAUUAUUUGUGAUAAAUUUAUUUAUUCAUCGUAAGCUUUUAAAGCAGAAUUGAAGUAUUCAUAUCUUGCUGACCACGACUGAAGAGUACUCGUCAAGUUAACUUCUAAUUAAGAAGAUAUAUUUAAAUUAUUUUUGCGUAUUUUUCUUCCUUGAACACCAAUGACGGCUGAUUUUAGUAGUGUGUAGUCACUACUAAAAACGUAAAUGUCAUUACGUAAUACGUUUUUAUAAUGCAGCGAACAGUAAAAAAAAUCGUAUAGGAAUUUCGUUCAUAAACACUCUGAGUAUAUAGUUUUAACUGAUGUACUCAUGUGUUCAUGUGUAACAGAAUUUGACUGAACUAGUAUAGUAUAACGCGUUUACGUAUAACGCGAUGUAAGUGCCCAUAUAACGCGGUAUUUUUUUCUCAUGUGAAAUUUAUGAUUUUUCAAGUACAUAAUUAAUGUUGCGUACAUUUGCACCUUUGUUUCAGUUAUGUUGUUAUAAAAUUAAACUAUAUAUUAUUAAAUUCGCGUUCCUAGCUUUUUAAUAGUUCAAAAAAAGGUUUUACGAAAAUACUGCUGCAACGCAAAUUCAUAUAACACGGUCCGCAUUAUAUGGGGAUUACUAUAUUUUAGUUAAAUUAUAGCAUUUAGAAUGCUUUAUAUGAAGACGUCUAAAGAGAAUAACAAUUAUCAAACUCAAAAGAUUCACAAUCCGUUAUAAAUGUAUUAUACAAAAUGACGUAAAACAUUAUUAUAUAUUUCAUGAGAAAUUGAAUUUUCGCUUGGGGUGUUAAUCUAAUUAGCGGGACUGAAAACAGAGGGCAAUGAUAAAUCUUCAAAAUGUGUACGUCGUAGAGAAAGUGCCGACUGAGCUGUUUCUACAAAACGUUCGAAAUACAAAAAUAUAUUUUUUAAAUUAUUUAUAUCCAGCCAGUUUGAACGUGAACAUUUGAAAGUAUGUAUAUGUAGAUAUCUCUAGAAGUUCUAGGAACUGGGACUCAAAUUAUUUUACCCCCUGGAUAAAAUUUUGGCCAUUAGCGUGACCAUUAGCGUGAUUAAAACCAAAAAUAUAUAUUUCCUUAUCUAUUUGACCUAUAAAAGUAACUUGUAAAGAUACUUGCUUAAAGUAUUUGGAUAAUCAUGAUUACGAAUUCAUCUUGAGAUUCAGAAAUAAUCAAACUAUAUCUAGUUUUUUUUCAGAUAUACGUAAAUAAAAAACCUUAUAGAUUCAAAAUAGGUACACUCUAAAUGAACAUGGAAUUAACGGAGACGAAAACACUGUACUAGUUCAAAAACUUAUCGAAUACUAAACGACACGCACUCUCACUUUGGCACGAACAAAACGUAACGUUGAAUGGUUCACGUAAGAACCUAAUCAGAAACGUUACUAUUUCGAAUAUUAUUUGUGUUUCUCAAAUUGUAACGAAAAUAUAUUCCACCUGACAUUAUCGUUAUUAUACUUGGCGUAGUCUGUUAAGUCAGAUGACAGUUACCUUCAAAAAUGUUGAUUGAAUUUAACGUUUUCUGAGGCGUUUUAUUAAAAGGACAGUACACCGGAGCUAUGCAGAACUCGUUACUGCGAGACACUGUAUGUUCGCAAAAGCUAAGCGGUGUCGCACGCUUCUACUUAAUAAACGCCUAUAUACUUUGAUUUAAACCAAACUACAAAGGGAUGUUACACGAGACCGUACGUUUCAUUGUGAAUGGACAAUGGGAUGUCAUAUCAUGUCGUGUCACUUGUCAACGCGUGUUACACUAUGCUUGGCCAAUCACAAUCAAACGGAACGUGACACUGUUUCAUAUUUAGUUAAACAUUCUCAGCCCUAAGAAACUCAGUUUAAGACAUCUGUAUAAAUUAUGCUUAGACGUAUUUUAAUCUUCAGGGUGUGAUAUAAAACGAAAAUCAAUUAAAGCGUAAUCGGAUUAAUCUGGUUUUAAUGUAUAUACACAAAGUCCUAAUUGACAUUUAUGUAACUGUCUUACAUAAAUGUCAAUUAGGACUAUUAUUAUUAGUAUUAUUUCUUGUAACAAUUUAUAUACGUGUAGUCAAAAACAAAAAUUUUGAAAAUCUAAACUGAUAUUUAUUUUACUAUUUAUAUUAUUAAAAAAAUCGUAUCGUUACAUUUAUUAAACGCUUAGAGGUUUUCCCAUUUAUUCACACAAACUGAAUCGAAUUACUUUUGACUGAAGUACGCAUUUGUCUCUUUCUGUCAAAUUGUGAUUAAUAGAGACUUUAUACAAUGUCAGUCAACUUUUGUAUAUAUGUAACUUCUAUGCCUAGUUAUUAUGAAUAAAUUAUAUAAUAACUUUACAUAUAAGUUACAAAUAGAAUAUUGUUGUAAACCGACACAAAAGCGACGAGGAAGCUUUUGAAGCUUAAGAUUUAUGAUUAAGAUAGUGUAAGAUCUUCGAUCAAUUAUAUAGAUUUUUUUUAAUAUUGCAAUUCAGUUACGUGCUGGGGCGAUCUGUGAAUUUUAAGAUAUUUUAAUAUUGUAAACUAAAAUUUAACCAUUAGUUAUCCAUUUUUCGUAAUUAUGUAAAUAAACCUUAUUUAAAUACAUAAAAUUAAGUACUCUUGCCUUCUUUGUAUACAGUAUUACUUAUGCGCAUUGUAUAUAAUUUAUUUUAAUAUUUAGGCUUGCUUAUGUAAUAAAUGUGAGCAUUACCAAAUCACAGUGUAAUAAUUGCUUAUGUUUAGCUUAAAGGUGAUGUUUAUUAUAAUAUAUAUUGUUUGAAUACGUACCGAAGUCUAUGAUGUUGAUUGUUCGUUUAUAUUGUUAAUUAUUAAA